GCUCUCUGGUUCAGAACCCAUGUAAGUAUAGUCUUUCCAGCAUCGACCUGUAUCAAUGGUCUCUCAUUUGUCUUAGCACAUUGUCUUAAACAAAAAACACAAACCCCAAAAUAAAUGUCUUUCUUCAGAUUUCUCAUGUAAAAACUUUUCUCUGUUUCAAUUUGCAUGCUACACAAACCACUCUCCAACAGGUUUUGAUUCAAUUGGGGAAUUUAUUUAUUUAUUUAAUUUGUGAUGGCACCUCUGAGAGGGAAUAAGAAGAAAAGGAAAGUAGAGAAUAAUGAAGAAGAAGAAGAAGAUAACUCCAUGGUUUCUGGGUCUUCACCAGAGGAUGGCUCUGCAAAAUGGUGGGAUGCUUUAUCAAAGAAAAUUGCUGGAAAUCCAGACGAUUUCAAGUCAACGUUCAAUAUGUCACGAAAGACGUUCGACUACAUAUGCUCCCUAGUGAAGGACCACAUGACAGCCAAGACCCACUUCGCCUUCAUCAACGGCAAGCCCAUGUCCCUCCACGACCAGGUGGCGCUCGCCCUCCGCCGCCUCGGCACCGGCAACUCCCUCAUCUCCAUCGGUGAGUCCUUCGGGACCCACCACUCCACCGUCUCCCAGGUGACCUGGCGCUUCGUCGAAGCCAUCGAACAAAGCGGGACCCACCACAUCCAGUGGCCCACCACAAACCAAGAACUCACCGAAAUCAAACGCAAGUUCGAAAAAAUCCGCGGCCUCCCAAACUGCUGCGGCGCAAUCGACACCACGCACAUCACCAUGCUGCUGACAUCGUCCGAUCGAGAAGCCGACAGCUGGGUCGAUCGCAAGGGGGCCCACAGCAUGGUCCUCCAGGCUGUGGUGGACCCCGAUUUGAGGUUCCGCGACAUAGUCACGGGGUGGCCGGGAAAAAUGACCGAUUCUUCGGUUCUCGAAAACUCGACCUUCUUCCAGUUAUGUCAAAACGGGGAGAGAUUGAAAAAAUCCGAACAAGACGAAGAAGAAAAAAUUACGGAGUACAUAAUAGGCGAUUAUGGAUUCCCGUUAUUGCCGUGGCUUAUAACUCCUUAUCAAGGGAAGCAACUAACGGAGACUAAAACCGAGUUCAACCAGAGGGUUAUUGCCACGCAUUUGGUGGCGGAGAAGGCGCUGACGAGGCUGAAGGAAGGGUGGCGGAUGAUUCGAGGGGAUAUGUGGAGGCCGGACAAGCAUAAGCUGCCUAGGUUUAUUUUCGUUUGUUGCAUUCUUCACAACAUUGUUAUCGACAUGUCGGAGGAGGGCGAUGACGACGAUGUCGGAGGGUUGACUUGUUCGGUGGACCAUGACCCCGGGUAUAGGCAGGAGGUUUGUGAAGCUGUUGAUAAGAAUGGUUCGCUUUUGAGGGACGAGCUGUGUGCGUAUUUUUCGGGGCGGUAAGAAACGUAAAAAUCUUGUGUUUUGGUGAGGGUAAUGAUUUAUUUACCUAGCUUAGCUGAAAGUUUGUUACUGCAGAGAUUUAGUUAAGAAUCUUGUUCUUAUGUUUUUUUAUUAAGGUUUGAACUAAAAUUGCUGUGAAAAAACUGCACAAUGUUGCUAUAUAGAAAUCUGAAACAUUUUAUU